AUGACUCGACACCAAGAUACUCCGAUGCCCGAUACAACAUCUCAGCCAGACAGUUCCGGUGGGAACAAUGAUCAGAAUACCCUACAGGAUACCCAUGUACCGGAGCAUCAAGAUGUCGCGAUGCGUGAUAUUGGUUCUGAUAAGACAAUUCAGCCAAUCGGCAAUAGUGUUGUUCUCGGUUCCUCGCAACUGACCGCCAACAAUCAGCCAGCCGUCGUUCCAUCUCUGGGAGAGACAGCCAGCGACCAAGUUGGUACCACUGCGCUCUCGAUAACCUCGCAAUCACGUGCUGCUUGCAAAUGCGUCACCUCUAUGACUCCGGACUUCUUCUGGGCGUCUUGUAAGCCGUACUUGUCAAGCAUUCCUUACGUGAUAUUAUUCAGCGUCUCUCGACAUGAGGUUCUAUUUCUGGGACUAUCUAAUGCCCAUUCAAUUUUUGAAUUCGCCCCGGAGAUUAACGAAGGGUGGUGUGCCAAAGUUGAAGAGCUGCCUGGGCAGUUUCCGACGCUUAGGACUAUUGCUAAAGCUGAAAUUCAGCCUCAGGCAAUUAAAAGUGGCAUCCUCUUCUACGGAGAUACAGGUGACUUUAGAUCUACAUUGAAGUCGUAUGCUGCGACGGCAUCUAUCACACUACCUUUGUUUGAUACUGGCGAUGGAAUCUGGAAGACUCAAAGAAUGAUUGAAGGCUGA